GCGCGGGCACAUCGAGAGAGAGGAGGGUGGAAUUAAAGGCCAGGCGGGUGGGCCGGCUCGCCGGCGCUAAAGGGGUCGUAGAAAGCCCACCACCACGAUCGGCUGCCUCCUUCUCGGCUCCGCCAUAUAACCGGACCCCAGCCAGGCAGCCAGCACCGUGACGGCCUCAGUCCCGACGAGCAGCAGGUUGGUGCGGACGGGCUGCUCUCUCACAAUCUCACACUCUGCCACAGUGCCACUCCCUGUCUAGCCAUGGCCUCGCGGAUCCUGCUCCCCCUGCUCGUCCUCCUCCUCCUCUUCCUGGGCCCGCAUUGCUCCACGGGGGCGGCGGCGAGGCGGCAGCUGCAGCAGGCGCGGCGAGCCCGGGACCCGAACUCGCAGGUCAAGUUCGACUUCUCCCCGUUCCUCAUCCAGUACAAGAGCGGGCGCGUGAAGCGGCUCAUGGGCACCGACGUCGUGGCCGCGUCCACGGACGCGCGCACGGGCGUCACCUCCCGCGACGUCACCAUCGACCCGUCCACGGGCGUCGCCGCGCGGCUCUACCUCCCGAGCCUCCGCGCCCGCGCGCCCGUGCUCGUCUACUUCCACGGCGGCGCGUUCGUGGUGGAGUCCGCGUUCACGCCCGUCUACCACGCCUACCUCAACACGCUGGCCGCCAGGGCGGGCGCGGUCGCGGUGUCGGUGAACUACCGCCUCGCGCCCGAGCACCCGCUGCCGGCGGCGUACGACGACUCGUGGGCGGCUCUCAGGUGGGUGCUCGCGAGCGCGGCCUCGGACCCGUGGCUGUCGCGGUACGGCGACCUGUCCCGCCUGUUCCUCGCCGGCGACAGCGCGGGCGGCAACAUCGCGCACAACCUGGCAUUGCGCGCGGGGGAGGAAGGCCUGGACAACGGCGGCGGCGGCGCGCGGAUCAAGGGCGUGGCCCUGCUCGACCCCUACUUCCAGGGCCGGAGCCCCGUUGGCGCCGACUCCACCGACCCGGCGUACCUCCAGUCCGCGGCGCGCACCUGGAGUUUCAUCUGCGCGGGGAGGUACCCGAUCGACCACCCCUACGUGGACCCGCUCCUACUGCCGGCCUCCUCGUGGCAGCGCUUCGGCGCCUCCCGGGUCCUGGUCACCGUGUCGGGGAAGGACCGCCUGAACCCCUGGCAGCGCGCGUACUACGCCGCGCUCCGGAACAGCGGCUGGCCCGGGGAGGCCGAGCUGUACGAGACCCCCGGCGAGGGCCACGUCUACUUCCUCACCAAACUCGGCUCGCCACAGGCGCUCGCCGAGAUGGCCAAGCUCGUCGCCUUCAUUAAUCGCGACUAGCAACCGGAGUACGUGCCGGCCGCCGCGGCAUCUAGUACCUUCAGUACCGCAACAUCAGUAUACCUAUAGUAACUAGCGAGAGUGAGAGGUGAUUGUUAUUAGUAAUUACUUUUUUUUUGUCCUUGAUGGUUACUGUGCGUCGGAAGAACGGUUCCUCCCAGCAACACGUCCGGAUGGAGAGAGGGGGAUCGCCGGACCGGUGUCUUCGUUUGCGCGCGUUGCGUGUCACUGACUGCAGUCUACAGGCUGCCGUGCCGUGUAUCUACCCGCUGCGUGUAGCAGUUACUGGCGGUUACAGUAGUCCCAGAGUCUAGGCUGUUUGUCGGGCUUUUUAGUCUGCUUUGACUUGAAAAAACAAAAAACCAACCGAAGAAGUUGAUUGACAUCCAAACUACAAAAAACAGUUAUUGCAUAGUCCAAAUUUUAUGUA